GAUCAAUCUCAUAUGAUGAUUUUGCUUGUUUAUGUUGAUGACAUAAUACUCACUGGGAGCAGUCAGGCACAUUUACAUUCUUUUAUUAAUCAGUUGGGAGCUGAGUUUGACAUCAGAGAUCUUGGUAGGUUAAAUUACUUUCUUGGCAUCGCUGUUACGUAUCACUCAGACUCUAUUCAUCUCACUUAUACCAAAUAUGCCCUCAACAUUCUCAAAAGACACAACAUGCUGGAUUGUAAACCUGUCUCUACACCAAUGGCUUCUAAGGGUCGAUUUUCUCGCACACAUGGCACACCUUUGACCUACUCGACUUUCUAUCGCCAACUUGUGGGGGCUCUCCAAUAUCUAACCAUGACUCGUCCAGACAUUUCCUACGUCGUCCAACAUGUUUCUCAGUUCAUUGGUUCUCCCACUGAUGCUCACCUUGAAGCAGCAAAACGCAUUCUGCAUUAUCUCAAAGGCACGCCUGGUCAUUGUAUUCCUAUUCGUUGCUCUACAAACUCCUCCUUCCUUGUUGCCUUCUCAUAUGCUGACUAG